AUGCAUACAUUGAACAUAUUUUUAUUUUGCAUUCUGGGGGUGAGUGUCGUGCAGGGUAUCCUAGAACUUAACAAUGACUUUAGCGAUGCCCAAAGGAGAACUUCAGGUGGAUAUGGCUUGCUAAGACCUGGCUAUCCAAAUUACUCGGGAGGAUUCGGAGGUUAUCAAGGAGGAUAUAACACAGGAUAUAACACAGCAUACAAUAAUGGAGGUUACGGCGGAAGUUACAAUCCCGGCUACGGAGGUUCUGGAGUAGGGUAUCCGAAUCAAGGCAGUUACCCCGGUGGCUAUCAAGGCGGUUACGGCGGAUACCCGGACUACGUUGGUGGAGCUUACGGAGGUAAUCGUCCCAACUACAGACCGGGCUACGACGGUAGACCUGGCUACAACUAUCAGUCAACCGGCUAUCAGGGUUACAGGCCCGGCUAUAACCAGUACAGGCCCGGUUUCGAUCGGCCUUACCAGGGUUACAACGGAUACUUCGGCGGUUAUCGUGACAGCUACAACGACAACUUGGGGCUGUUGGGACGAAAAGUGUCCGAAAUAAAGAAAGAUGACACCGAAGCAUAG